UAUAACCUAUAGAUGAACUCUAUCUCUGUUCUUACUGUUUUAUUUCUUCUUUACUUUCUCUCUCUCUCUCUCUCUCUCUCUCUCUUCCUCUUCAAUCUCUUUUCAUCGUCAGUCUGCAAUCAAGAGUCGCCGGUUAUCGUUCAAGAUGACCGGAAUAAUUCCAUGGAUCUGUUUCUGCGCGUUGCUUUCAGGAAUAUUAGCGAGUCAACAUCGAAGAAAGGACGGAUUUCAGAAUACAUUGGGACAUUUGAAAACGAAUACACCAACGGAGGUUCAAGAGAAAGCAGCGAGGGAUUUGAUUAGAAGAUUAUUAGGGAAUGACGUAGCUCGUUUGUUCGAUGUCAUCGUCGAUCCUAAUCUCGGUCCUACGGGAAAGGACACUUUCCAGAUCAAGAAAAAUGAUCUUGAGAAGAUCGAGAUUCGUGGUACUUGUGGGGUCGCUAUUGCAUGGGGUUUGCAUUAUUAUUUGAAGAAUUAUUGCAACGUUCAUAUUUCCUGGGAUGGAAAUCAGAUCGAGCUUCCACAUACAUUGCCAGAUGUCCAUGUUAGAAUCACGUCGAACGACAGGUUUAGAUAUUAUCAGAAUGUAUGCACGUUGGGCUAUAGUUCAGUUUGGUGGCAAUGGGAUCAAUGGGAAAGGAAUCUAGAUUGGAUGGCCCUUAAUGGGAUAAAUCUUGCUCUCGCUUUUAAUGGACAAGAAGCAAUCUGGGAGAGAGUUUAUGUCAAAUUGAAUCUAACCGUAGAUGAGAUAAACGAACAUUUUGGUGGACCAGCUUUUCUUCCUUGGACCAGAAUGGGCAAUAUUCGUGGAUUUGGUGGAUCAUUGACUAAUCAUUGGCAUUAUCAAAGUAUUCGUCUGCAACAUCGUAUACUUCAAAGAAUGAGAGAACUCGGUAUUAUCCCUGUAUUACCUGCUUUCGCUGGUUAUGUGCCAAGAGCCUUCGCCAGAUUAUUUCCCAAUGCCAAAAUGGUUAAGAUCGAUAGUUGGAAUAAAUUCGAGGAUAGAUAUUGUUGUCCUUACUUGUUGGAUCCUACGGAUGAAUUAUUUCAAAGAGUCGGUGAAAUGUUUUUACGGGCGUACAUCGAAGAAUUUGGAACGGAUCAUAUCUACAAUUGCGAUACUUUUAAUGAAAACGAACCUACCAAUAGUGAGCUAAGUUAUUUGGAAAACGUUUCAAGAUCAAUUUACACAAUCAUGAGUAACGUCGAUACUCAAGCAAUAUGGUUGAUGCAAGGAUGGCUCUUCGUUCAUGAUUUCACAUUCUGGACCGAGCCCAGAGUGAAAACUUUUUUAACUUCGGUUCCUAUCGGAAAAAUGAUAGUACUGGAUCUGCAGUCCGAACAAUUUCCACAAUACGCGAGAUUGAAAUCAUAUUAUGGUCAACCUUUCAUAUGGUGUAUGUUACAUAAUUUUGGUGGUACAUUGGGAAUGUUUGGUUCGGCAGAAAUCAUCAAUAAACGAGUGUUCGAAGGAAGAAAUAUGGCCGAUAGUACGAUGAUAGGAACAGGUCUCACACCGGAGGGUAUUAAUCAAAAUUAUGUCAUUUACGAAUUGAUGAACGAGAUGUCUUAUCGUCGUGAACCCGUUGACCUUGAUUCAUGGUUUGGAAAUUAUGCUACGAGAAGGUACGGCGCAGAAAAUGAGUACGCAACGAGAGCUUGGAAAAAUUUCGGAAAAACAAUAUAUAAUUUUGUCGGAUUAGAAAAGAUUAGGGGAAAGUACGUCAUUAGCACGUUGCCGAGUUUAAAACUACAUCCUUGGACUUGGUACGAACCGGAUAAAUUUUUAAACGAUUGGAAUACAUUAAUGAUGGCACGAUACGGAAGAGGGAAUAGUACUCUUUAUAAACACGACGUGGUCGAUAUAACGAGACAAGCACUUCAAUUAAUGGCCGAUCUGGUUUACGCGAAUAUCGUUGAUUCGUUUAAUAAGAAGAAUCUAACUGCAUUACGGCGACUCCAUCGAUAUAGCUAUGAAAAUUAUCAAGAAAUGGUACAAAUCAAAUCUAACGAUGAAAAUUCGUGGAUCAAGAAAAUCACGUGUCUGAUAUUUAAUUUCGUUAUUUCAAUUUCAUCGAUAUUUUCAAUCAUAUUAAUUAUAUAUUUAGUUUCUUAUUAUAUCAUUAUCUAUGAAAUUUCUAUGUUAUCUUAUUUUGUCGAUAACUUUCUAUAAAAAUUUCUCCUCUAAUAUUUACAUUAAUUUUUAUGUAUCAAGAGAUCAAGCAUAAACUUACCUUACUAUUCUCUCUCUCUCUCUCUCUCUUUUUCUUAAAAAGUCAAACAAUUAAAUCUCCAGAAGGUGCACGUUUAUUGUUAUUUAAUAUAUUGUUACAUAGGUCUUGAGCAAUAUGAUUAAUAAAUAUUCUUGGAUUGGGAAAAGGAUAAGAGAAAAGAAAUAAAUUAAAUGCAAUGAUGCAACACAGUUAACAAUUGUUUCUUCCUUCGUUUCUUCAUAUUUUUACGAUAACACAGUACGGUACAAUGGUCGAAUUAUGUAAAUUACAAAGUUCGAUAUGAAGAAAAUACAUUGAAUUGAUUCGAGCAAAUAGAAGAAUACAAUACGAUACAUUGAACUUAUCAAGAGAGUCUAAAUAUUGAUUCCGUUUUUUUCCUUUUCUUUUCUUUUUUUUUUUUUUUCUUUGUUUUUCUCUCUUUUUCCCGUCCAAGUCAAUCAUAAAUAUUGGCAGUAGACGAGAACACAAUAAAAAAAAAAAAAAAAAAAAAAAGAAGAAAAGAAAAAGAAAUCAUACAAUUUAGAUCAAUUAAUAGAGAGAAAAAUAGAGAGGGAGAGAGAGAGAGAGAGAGAGAGAGAGAGAGAGAGAGAGAACAAAUAUAAGAAGAAAAAGAAAAGAAACAAAAUGGAGAAUUCGAAAGGAAAAAGAAAAAGAAAUUUGUCGAAAUGAAUUGAUCGCCUAACAAACUUAUCACAUUCGUCUAAUCGCUCGAUGAUCAAUUAACAUGAAAAUAUAAUUAAAUUUCAUAUUUCACACGUACAUAUACAUAAUUAAUAUGUACAUAUAUAUAUAUAUAUAUAUAUAUAUAUAUAUAUAUAUAUAAUAUAUAUAUAUAUAAUAUAUAUGAAUAUAAUAAGAUUUUAGAAAGAUGGUGCGUAUCUAGAUAGAACGUACAAAAUAUGUUUGUGCAUUUGAUAAGAAUAAGACGUUGAAAGGCAUUAAAGAGACAUCUACGAAUAAAUAUACUUACAUUAUUACAUGUAUAGAGUGUUUUUAUGUGUUAUUUUGUUUAUGUGUUUAUCUAAUAUAUAGAAUAAUUAUUUUUUUUCCUGUUCCUCCUUUCUCUUUAAAUAUCAUUGAUAUUAUAAGAGAUCGAAUAAUACCCGUAAGAACGUUAAACGGAGUGUCCACCAACGCUCGCCAUCAAAUUCCUUUAUUGUUCGAAAAUUGUUUGGUAUAGGUAUGUAAAAAAAAAAAAAGAAAAAAAAAAAAGAACCCCGAGAAAAAAAAGGACAGAAAAAAAAACAAAAAUCGCUUAAUAAGCAUUUACAAACAAUUAUUUUCAUUUCUUUUACAAUAUUAUCGUCUCGAGCGUUCGCGAAUCAAUCCGAUUAUGUGCGACCUGUGUGUGUGUGUGCGUGUGGGUUUUUGUAUGUCAUGAUAAAUAAAAUAAAAAAAAAAAAAAAAGAAAAUAAUCUCCUAGAAAGAGAGAACAAAAAUUAUAAAAAUAGUCUUCCUUUUUUUUCUCUCUCUCUUCUUUUUCCUUUUUUAUUAAUUACGGAUUACCUAAUUAUUAAUUUUCUUCUACGAGAUAUCAGACAAAAGUUUUUUUAAGCAGAUUUACAAAAUAUAAUUACUCUUUUGUUUUUUCUUUUCUUUUUUUCUUUUCUUUUUAAGAGUAGACUCCCUUUUAGGCUCGUACAAUUUUGAAAUGAAAAAUUAAUGUAUAAAAUAUCGAAAAAUAAUUACACGAUUAUUAAAAUCACAUGAAAACUUUACGAGCCCAUUCUGUAUCAAUUAAUUUUAUUGUAAUUAUAAUUUUCUCUCCCCUCCCCUCUCUCUCUCUCUCUUUCUCUCUCUUUCUUUUGUUUGGACAUCACACUUACACACAUAAACAAAUUUUUUACAUAGAUCGCACGUCCGUAUAUACAUAUAUAUAUAUAUAUAUAUAUAUAUACACACAUAUAUAAGUGGGAUUAUUAAAAAUUAUUUCGUAAAUAUCGACUUUAAAUAGGAUAUGACUUGAAAUCGCUUUUUGCUAGCUCCAAAAAGCUAUCGCUAAUAAGAUUCACACGUAUAUAUUAUGGUCCCCCGUGGUCUUAAUAAGGUCCGACUAAGUCACGAGUCUUCUUCUUUUUUUUUUUCAAUCACCCACCCCUGUCCCGUUUAACCCCGCGUUUUUUUCUCUACUAAAAUCAUAUGAGCCUUCCACUUUCAAUUUGUCUACCCUUUGUUUGUCCUCUUUUCUUCUUUUUUUUUUUUUUUUUUCUUUAUUUAUUUAUCGUUUUUAUUUCUCUUUGUCCCCCACCAAUCUCUUUCAUAUUCUUUUCAUUCCUUUUUUUCCAUCCAUACACACACACACACACACACAUAUAUAUAUAUAUAUAUAUAUAUAUAUAUACACAUAUAUAUACAUGUAUAUAUAUACAAACAUCAUAUUUCUAUGGUUGCCUUUUCUUGGUCAUGUGCUUUGCACCAUUGUUGAACGGCGUGUGAAAGCAUUUUUUAUUUAUUGAUCCUCUGCCAUAGUUGCGUUUUGUUUUAUUUUAAUAACUUUUAUUAUUCUUUUCUUCUCUUCUUUUUUCCUUCUUUCUUUCUCUCUUUCUUAUGUAUUCUUUCUUCUUUUUUCUCUCUUUAUUUUUUUUUCUUUUUUUUCCAUUUCUUUCUUUAAACAUACAUUCGUCUGGCAACGUUUCGUUUCAAAUAAGAUAGGGAUAUUUGUUUUUAUUUCUUUUCUUUUUUUUUUACUUUUUUAUUUUUUUAUUUUUUUUUUUUUUUUUAUUCUUUUAGAUAAGAACUAAAAGACUGUGUGUGUGUGAGAGAGAGAGAGAGAGAGAGAGAGAGAGGGAGAGAAAGAGAAAGAAGAAAUAGAUUUCAUUUUUUCGUCGAAUCCAUCGAUCGGAGAAAGUUUGUAAAAAUGUUUUUUCUCCUUUUUCUUUUCAUUUCUUUCUUUUCUACUUUCACGUUUUUCUUUUCCUUCCAUCUCUUUUUCUUUUUCCUUCUAUGGCAUCCUUUUUAUAAACUCUCGACGAACGACUUUCAUUUCAUGCAAAUUCGAUAAUAUAAUUUUCCUCUUUCUACUUUGUUGAAUAAUAAUCGAUCAAUUAAAGUGAGAAGAUAGAAGAUAGAAGAUAGAAGAUAGAAGAUAGAAGAAGAAGAAGAAGGCUAAAGAUUAAAUCUAUCUCCUUAUUAGCGUUUUCUUAUAAUUAACGAUAAUAAUCUAUCAAUUUUUUCGUUUAAAGCUAUGGUCCAUUAAAAAUGUCAUUAACUAAUUCGGAAUGUUGAAACACACUUAGAUCGUUUGUUGUUGUUGUUGUUGUUGUUGUUGAAAACAUUUUAAUCGUCUCCCUCCUUUUUUCUUUUCUUCUCUUUUUUUUUUUUUUUCUUUUUUUUUCCUCCCUCUCUCAAAAUUACACCCAACGUGCUUUCUAAUACGUUUUAAUCGUGAAAGAUCGAAGAUCGAAAUAUAUUUUUUCUUUUUCUUCUCUCCGAAGAAUAAGAAAAUUUCUUUUCUUUUUUUUUUUCUUUUUUUUUUGUUUUUCGUUUUUUUUUCCCUCCUUUAAGAAAUAUAAUAAUAAAUCUAUUAACGAUAAAUAGGACGUCGUUGUAUAUAUGCAAGUAUCACGUGGACUCUUUUUCCUUCUUUUUCGAUGAGUCACGUUUUGUUUUUUUUUCUUCUUUUUUUUUUUUUUUUUUUUUUUUUUUUUUUUUGUUAAAUGUACACGAACAUUCGUGCAUAUUAAAAUUCUAACGUUUCCCGGCAAGCAGAACUAAUUGUGAAGUAACAAUAGUGAUAAAAAGAAAAAGAAAGAAAACAAAAAAAAAAUUGAUCUAAAAGGAAAAAAAGAAAAAGUAGAAAGAAAAAAUGAAUAAAAAGAUUGCGUAAAAAAUUUGUUGAAAUAAAUAUUUUCUAAUGAAUUCAAAUAUAUAUAUAUAUAUAUAUAUAUAUAUAUAUACCGUUUUACAAUUCCUAUUCCGAGGACCUUUUAAUUAUUCGCUCGUCUUAUAAAGUAAAAUAUAAGGUAAAGAAUAAAGAAAGAAAAAAAAAAAAAAAAAAAAAAAAAAAAAAAAAAGAAAAGAAAUGGAA